CAGUGACGUCAUACGUUGUUUACGACCGACGACUGUUGCUGCUCAACAGCUCUUUACGUCGCUAGCUUAAUGUGUUUUUACAGACAUACAGUUAGCAAUACGCAGGUCCUGGCCGCAUGUGGGAAAUUAAAAUGAAAUAAAAUAACCGUGCAGAAUAAAGUAAUGCCAUAGAGGAGGAGAAGUCCCCUUAGAAAUGGCAACUGAACUCCAUGAGACUAUAUUCAUGGCCAAGCAGGAGCGCCACAAAAACCUGUUUCUAAACUACAAAAACCUGAAUAUUUUCCCUGUUGAGCUGCUGAAAGAUGAAGGCCUGCAGUUUCUGGAGAGACUGUACAUGAAGAGGAACUCACUCACUACACUGCCUGACAAUCUUGCACAGAAGCUCCCAAAUCUAAUUGAACUGUAUUUGCACUCAAAUAACAUCGUCAUUAUUCCUGAAGCCAUUGGAAACCUGGCCAGGCUGCAGUCGUUGGACCUCAGCAAUAACGCCCUCCAGUUCCUCUGUCCAGAGAUUGGCCGACUAAGGUCUCUGCGGCACCUGAGACUGUCUAAUAACCAGCUGAAAUGCCUUCCUCCAGAGAUCGGUGAUCUGCAGGAUCUGGAGACUCUGGAUGUGUCGAUGAACCAGCUGAUGUCUCUGCCAGAUCGGCUGCACCGUUGUCUCUCUCUGCAGAACUUGACAGCGGACCACAACCUGCUAAACCAUGUUCCCCGGCAGCUCUGCUGGCUCCACCGCCUCAACCAGCUCUCCAUGGCCGCCAACCGGCUGACCUUUCUCCCGCUCGAUUUGGGCAGAUCACGGGAGCUGCAGUUUGUGUUUGUGGACAACAAUGUGGACCUAAAAGGCCUCCCUUCCUACUUAUAUAACAAGGUCAUCGGCUGCAGCGGGUGCGGUGUGUCGUCACAGGUGUCGGAGGGUGACAUGGGUGAAGUGCUGGGUGAGGUGCUGAGUGAGGCUCUGGUCGGGUUGCCAGCCGAAGUGAAAGUGGUGGGCUCAGAGGCGGAUAACGUGGUUCCCCUGGAGGAGCUGGCCAUGAGGACCCUGCACCGCAUCUACCACCACCGCCCAACAGACCUCAACUUGCUGCCUCCCAUCACCCUCCCAAAGAGCCUGCUGGACCUGUUGCAGUUCCCUCUGGGUCACUGUCACCGCUGCAGCCAAGCCAUGUUCACCAUCAUCUACCCCAAACUCUUUCCACUCCGUGACACCGCCCUGGCAGGAGUGCACCGCAGGACGACUGUGAGUUUUGUGGCCUACUGUUGCUCCAGUCACUGCCUCCGGACUUUUGACCUCCAGGGCUGACCUUGAAGCAGAAGCUGUUGAUUGGUCUCCAGAAGGUGACAGAUAACGGCUUGUCAUUUGUGUGGAUCUUGAAGGUCUGUACUGCAACAGCACAGGAGCUCUGUGCUUGACUGACAAUACUAAGAACCACUAAGAGGCAGCCUCUGUGGAUGUUUGGUGGGUCAGCUGAUGAACAUAAUAUUUCAACACUGUAGACAAAGACCCAAACCUACAUGGUGCUUCUGUCUAGUGUCUAACCAACUUGGACGAUCGUUUUCCUGUGUGUGAGGUGAGGGUCAACAUAAUAACAACUAUGUGUGAACAGUGGACCACUGUGCUUAUUCAGUGAGCUCUGUCUGGGAACUAACAGUAUUAGACCUGAAGUAACUACAAACCCCCUACUCACAAAUGGGCAAUUUUAAGAACAAGCACUGUUUGGUAUUUGUGAAAUCAGUAAUUUUUCACACACAAGUUUUUUGCAGCAGACACAUCCCAUUGAUUGUGGAGUUAUCUUUUGAGGUAUUAACAUUUGUAAUAUGGUUUAUUUUACUAAUUUACUGAAGAACUUUUGAAGGAUUAUAAUUGAAAAGAAUGUGUAUCUAUUUGAUAUGUGUCAUUUUCAGCAGCAGAGAAAUCCCUACCACAUUAACCUUCCAAUAGAAGCCAUGUAUCUUUGAGCAGGACACUCAAGUCUCACAGGGCAUCACAUGCAGAAAAUGCUUGAAAUGGAAACAGGAUGUACUUUAUAAGGUCAUCAUCAUGAAUUUAUUACUAAAAUCUUGGUACACGAUGCAUCAAGGAUUAGUCUCACAUAUUUGUUAUAAAGGUACCAGAACUUUGUCAGUUUACAUCAUCGUCUGUCAUAUUGUAAGGCAGGUAUGCAUUCCUAAAUUUGGAACUGGUUUUGAGCAACAUUUCAUAUAAUUGAUGAGUUUUUUCAUCACCUCCAUUAAAUUUAACUAUAGCUGAAAAAAAUUCAGGAACCCAAAAUGGUCAAAUCACUCAGUUUGUAGUCAAAGUUUUCUGUCAUUGUCUAAAGAAAAUGAGGUUUGUACGCUUCAAAGGCAUUGUGUGAUUCUCAGACUGACACGUGUGUUAAUAUUCAUUGCUAUGCUGUACAGUUGUAAGUUAUCAUUUAUUUUGAGUGUGUUGAUUUGGCAGUAAAUGUCAACUGAUGUUUGACUUUUGGAGAAUUCAUUCACUUUUUUUUAUUUGCACCAAAGAUGUUGUAAAUGUAGCUGUUUUUUGCAUCACUUGAUCAAAGGUGGGAAAUUAGCAUGUUCACAGCCAGCAAUACAAAACAACACUUACGUCAUGAUAUUUUCAUUUAAACACAUUUAUUGGUUUUUACAACAGAUCACAACAGCUUCAAUUUUCUAACCUUAACACCUCCAACUCUCUUACUCGUGGUUUUAAUGCAAGUAAUGUGUCUGUGUUUGAAAUAAAUUCAACAAGAGCUUCAUAAUAACAA